AUGCGCAGGCGCACAGUGGCGCUAAAGUUUCCCCGAUCCUUUUUCCGGGUUUUCAGCUCCUCCUUCCGGAGAAGGAUCGCGGAGCUCUGGGAGCGGUGGAAAGACUUCUGGAGGCGGGGCUUAGGGGCAGGAAACGCGGGCCUGGCGGAUCGCAGAGGCGCGCGGAGAUCGCGAGGCGACCGGGAGCCGCUGGGACCCCGGCUGCGCGCCCCUCGGCCCGGCCGGGAGCCGCGCCAGUCGGAGCCCCGGGCCAAGCACCGUUCGCCUCCCUCUCUGCGUUCAUCUAUCUACAGUGCAGCCAGCGGGCAUGACGGAUCCACCAGGGGCGCCGCCGCCGGCGCUUGCAGGCCGCGGGUGAAGAAGAAAGUCCGGCCCCGCUCUACUCAGAGCGUGAAGGUGGCUCACAGCAGGGAGUUGUCCAGAGGUAAGAGAGUAAACCGUAGCAAGAAAGUGACCCAGACCAAGGAGGAGACCCAGGUAGAGGAGGUGACCAAGACCGAGCAGGCAACCCAGACCGAGGACGUGACGGUGGCCGAAGAAGUGACCCAGACGGAGGACAUGGCCCAGGCCGAGGACAUGGUCCAGACGGAGGAAAUGGAAACAGCCAGACUCAGCGUGACCGUCACCCACAGCAACGAGAGGUAUGACCUUCUUGUUACCCCACAGCAAGGAAAUAGUGAACCAGUUGUCCAAGACCUGGCUCUGCUUGUUGAAGAGGCCACCGGGGUUCCACUACCUUUUCAGAAGCUCAUAUUUAAGGGAAAAUCUCUGAAAGACAUGGCAACACCAUUGUCAGCACUCGGAAUACAAAAUGGUUGUCGGGUCAUGUUAAUUGGGGAAAAGAACAAUCCAGAGGAAGAGGUUGAGUUAAAGAAGCUGAAAGAUCUGGAGAUAUCUGUAGAGAAGACAGCUAGCCACCUGGAAGAGCUGAAUAAGGAAUUCUCUGGCGUCCAGCAGGGCUUUCUGGCUAAGGAAUUGCAAGCGGAGGCUCUCUGCAAACUUGAUAGGAAAGUAAAGGCCAUCAUUGAGCAGUUCAUGAAGAUCUUAGAGGAGAUUGACACAAUGGUCCUACCAGAAAAUUUUAAAGACAGCAGGCUAAAAAGGAAGAAUUUGGUGAAAAAGGUUCAGGUGCUCCUGGCCGAGUGCGACAGGGUGGAGCAAUACAUCUGCCAAGAGACAGAGCAGCUGCAGUCUACACACUUGGCGUUUGCUGAAUGAAGUGUGGGAGAGCACGGCUGUACUGGCCUGAAGAGCGGCUUCCCAGCCCUGACUAGAACAGAAGUUGGUUGUUUCUCCUGGGCUGCCAGAGGCAGCUGGCCAAAUGUCAAUUUCCCUACUCCUCCAUCGGUUCUCAAUGAAGAAGCACUGUCUUUGCAACUUGAA